AGCUCCUCCCCUCUCCAGGCUUCCGUCAGCGGGGCUGCUGCUGCUGCUGCUGGACCGGAGCGAGUCGGCACCAACAACCAGCCGCUGGCUGCUCCUCCGUGCUGAGGGAAAACUCGGUGCAGCCAGGAGCCACCCCGUCAUUUCUCACGGUCAACGACAUGGCCUCCGACGGCAUGGACGAGCGAUCUCCGCUGCUGUCGGGCCCCAACUCCGAGAAUGUGACCCCAACAGCUCCCCCGUACCUGCAGGAUUCAAGUCCCCGAGCCGAACUACCUCCUCCUUACACAGCCAUCGCCAGCCCCGAUGCCGGCGGUGUGCCUGUCAUCAACUGCCGCGUUUGCCAGUCGCUCAUCAACCUGGACGGAAAGUUGCAUCAGCACGUGGUCAAGUGCACUGUCUGCAAUGAAGCUACACCCAUUAAGAAUCCCCCUACAGGGAAGAAGUAUGUGCGGUGUCCCUGCAACUGCCUGCUCAUCUGUAAAGACACAUCCAGAAGGAUAGGAUGUCCUCGACCAAACUGCAGACGCAUCAUCAACCUGAGCCCAGUGAUGGUGAUCCCCGAGGAGCAACCCGCCCAGCCAGCGCUGCCCAUCCAACCCGAGGGAAUGAGAGUGGUCUGUGGCCACUGUGGCAACACCUUCCUAGGCAGUGAGGACGCCAGGACAUCACAGCCUAUGUCUGGUCUCCCCAGUGAUGGCUCUCCACCAGCACAACAACAGUGGAUGGAGCUUCGAUUUAACACGCUAGCCAAGUGUCCCCACUGCAAAAAAAUAUCCUCCGUCGGCAGUGCGCUCCCUAGGAGGCGCUGUUGUGCUUAUAUAACUAUAGGAAUGAUCUGCAUUUUCAUUGGAGUGGGUUUAACAGUUGGCACUCGGGACUUCGCCAGACGUUACAACGCCACCUACGUGUCCUGGGCAUUUGCCUAUCUGCUGGGCCUCAUCUGUCUGAUACGUGCCUGCUACUGGGGAGCUAUCAAAGUGAGCUACCCAGAGAAUAGCUUCGCCUAGAGUGAUCAGAACAUGUGCACGGCUGGAAGAACAAAACUUCACUUUUAGUUUUUUCAUCUUGCUCAGAUUUCAGUCAUGUUCGGCGAAGUGGAACAUCUGUAGAGUGAAUGGACAGGAGUUUGUUCAAGAAAGAGUAUGCUGGUGAUUUUUCUUCAUGUUCCGUUUGUGUCUGGAAUAUUUUUGACUUACUGAACAAACCUACUGCCUGUCAGUCAGUCCUGUACCGGUCCACUGAGACUCAAAUCCAGUCCAAGUCUCCUAAAAUCGUUCAAAGUACAGAAUUAAGAAAUUGAAAUGAUUUUUCUUGAUGAAUGCCUGAAUUAAUUGGUUCACAUGCUGAUUUUAGAAAUGAUAGUGCAAGAGACUGGCUGGGUUUAGGAUUUUUUUU